AUGAACGAAGUCACGGGUUGUACAUGCAGUGGUCACGGCUGUACAUGCAGUGGUCACGGUCGUAUGACCAACUUCACGUGUUCACAGCUGAUAGAAGUUGGAUCUUCGCCGGCGGCCAUUAACUUCGGUGUGACCUUGGUUGGUACGUUUGUUUUUGGUAUAUUGUCGGAGGAACACCCCAGAUUUGAGGCUGUAUCUUAG